AUGAGCACGGUGCGCGAAUGCCCCAGCGAUCCGCUUUGCGCCGACGGCGUCGCGCGCGCCGUGUCGGGGGAAGCAGAUUGCGCUGACGUGUUCCGCGUGGUGAUUGUUGGCGCGGGGCCGGCGGGCCUGGCGCUGGCGAAUUAUCUGCUUGCACGUGGCGGUGGCAGGUUCCACGUCAGCGUGAUUGAAAAGGGCGCAGACCCGCGCGCGGAGGUCGAAGAGGCGGCGGAGAUUGCGCGGCGAUACGCUAUGGGGCUGAGCAUUCGCGCGAUGCACUGUCUGAUGGCCAUUCCGGGAGUCAUGGAAAAGGUGCAGCCAGUGCUGGUGACUCCUCACGAGAUGGUCAUGCCUGCCUUCGGUCGCCUCAUCAGAUUCUCAGUGCCCAAGGACCCCCCUCAGGGCCUCGUCUCUCGCACGGACCUGUGUGCCACUCUGCUUGACGCGCUUAUCGAGAGAGCCACUAAGGGGGACGAACCUGGGAGCGUAGGUGAAGAGACUUCAAACGAGGACAAGGAGAAUCCGGAGAAGGAUCAUGUUGAGGAACAGAAGCACCUGAAGAAACACCUGAGAAAGCACCUGGCGGUGUAUUUUGAGUCAAGAAUCGUGGAUGUGGAUAUGAAGGGCCAUGUGGUCACUGCUUCCGUGCCUUGCAGCAGUGGCAGUGACGGCAGCAGCAACAGUGGUAGCAGCAGCAGCAGCAGUGGGAGCAGCAACGGUGGUGACAGCAGCAGUGCGGGUGGUGACAGUGGUUUGAAAAACGUUGAGAUCAAGUAUGACCUUCUGGUGGGGGCGGACGGGGUGCGUUCUUAUGUGCGCAACCUGCUAGCUGCGCGCACAUGGGACUUCCCCGUGCACACGGACCGUGUGUAUCACGACUGGACAGUCGUCAACGUGCCUGUACCGCCCUCUCUCACGCCCACCUCGCUCUUCUUUGCUGCCAAGGUACCCAAAACGAACGGCAUCGGUGCAGUGGCAAUGCCACAAGUGGGCGGGGAGAUGUGUCUGGUGUGGGGGUGGAAGUCCACCCACCCGCCCCUCGACUGGCUCUCCCUCACCUCGCCGGCUGCUGCCAAGGGCUACCUCGAUGAGAGGUUGCCUUGGCUGGAUGUCCCCGAGGAAGCUGCCUGGAAGCUGCUCAAGCAGAAGCCGAGGACGAGCAUGCAGGUGAAGUGCUGGCGCUACCACGACACAGCUGCGCAGGUGGCCCUCAUAGGCGAUGCCGCCCACUCCACGCUGCCCUCCCUGGGGCAGGGCUGCAACGCCUCCAUCACAGACGCUCUCGUGCUGGGAAGGCUGCUGCUGGGGGAGGCGGUAUCUGAGCACGACAGGGUUCCCCGCCCCCUUUCUGAUGGUGGUGGGGAUAAAGGGGCCAGCAUCAAGUUACCAGAGGUUGAGGAGUUGAGGGCAGGCCUUGCAGGCACUCUCUCCCAUUAUUCCGCUCUCCAGGUUGUAGAAGGACACGCGUUGGUGGAGCUUUCAGAUGCUGCGGCGCCUGUCAGCACCUUCUACACUGUUUUAUACGUGAUGGAUCUCAUCCUCCGCGCCAUCUUUUGCAAGCUGCUCCCAUGGUUCAUAUCGGAGCCCAUACAAGGCCUCUGUGGCAAUACCACGAUGCCUUAUUCCUCUAUCCUUAGCAAAUUCAGUGGCUUUGUGUCACGUGUUGUGAGGGCAAAUGCUGCACAGCGGUGGGGUUGGGUGAAGCAGCAAUACAAGAAAGCGGUCAUGGAGAUAUGA